CCUACGCGCCCAAACCGCAGUGCUCCAUCCGCCAGCCCAUUCACGGGGGGUAGUCGCCAGUCGGCACAAGAAAGCACGAACAGUGCAGCUUCGUUUAUUACGCAGAGCACGGUGAAUUUAUACUGUCUACUGUUGGAGGAGGAAAGGGAGGGAAAGGAAAAAACCAAAAAAAAACCCCGCUUUUAUACUACGUCGACAAAGUAAUCACCGACCAAUAACAAAUGUCAUUCUGUGCAGGUGAGCGUUUUGCUCCUGUUUUCUUUGAAUUUCAAGACGUGGAUUUAUCGCAAAGGCUGCUGUGAUAAAGUUCGAAUUCUUUCUCACGGAAUUUUUGCAGUUGUGCAGCAGGAUUUAUGUGCAAUUGGGAUUACCAUUUCUUGAUUAUUUGAUUGUGCCGUGAAAUUUACUUCGGAUUGGUACAAUCAGGCUGAGAUCUAAUUUCAUGUCCCCUUCAGAUUUAUACGGACGUGUCCAGACUACUCAACAUAUGUUUUUCGAUAAUCAGUAAAUUGGAGGUCUUUUGCGUUGGUGGCUGGCUCUUGCUGUACAGUGCCCGAGAAAGAGGACAGGCUGUUAUAGGGUUUGAGAGACCCAUAACACGCUCACGAUGAUGUUUUGUCGGUUUCGGAGAUUACUGGAAUGAGAACUUCUCUUCGUACACUGCCUCCGCCCGAUCCCUUCAGCCGGCAGCCAGCGCCCACUGUCAUCAGUCUGGGACAAGUUCGGUCCCGCCCACGGACCAGCAAUGAGUAUGUGGAGAGUCCACGCGCUCAGCCCUCCCUACCCCUCAAGUCACAGCAUAUUACCUCACUUGUAGGAGGUGGGGGUGGAGGAAGUGGAGGGGGCUCGCCAGGGUUUGCUCACCGAGUUGUGCCUCCCUCGCGUGUGGGGGUUGGUAUUGGGAGCAACAAUUGUGUUGUGGGUGGAGGGGGAGGAGGAGGCAGUCCUCGUUCGAAUCUUCUGAUUGGCAGUGGCCAUAACAACAGCACCAGCACCUCGUUGACGUCGCCUUCCUCCCCAGUUAUUUCCCUGCAGCCAUUGUCUAAACCUUCUCCGCUUAAGAAGGAGUCUGUAGCUCUUCUGGAUGGAUCAGUGGUUGGGGAUGGGCAUCGGAAUUUGGGAAGUGAUGGUGGAGGGGGAGGCUUUGGAAUUGGGCAGUCGAGAGAUACGGCAACGAAUGGGGCUGGGGGACAAGGUCCCAGCUUUGCGGCGGGCGCAGCAGCACCGCAUGGAGCUUCAGAUCGCAUCAUGUGCGAUCAGUGUGGCAAGUGCCAGUGUGCAGCAUGCACGGAACCACGGCCCUUGCCCUCCCACUGGUGCUGUCGGGACAAAUGUGAAGUGAGCCCUGACAAGGUACUGGACGUGUGCACCUGCUUCUGCUGCAUUAAGUGCACCUUCUACCAUUGUGGGACAGAGGAGGAUGAAAAUGAGUGUUACGAACAGCCCUGUGGUUGUGGAGCCACGCCCCACUGCUGCCAGCGCUGGGCAGUCAUCUCACUCAUGGCCUUGUGCCUGCCCUGCCUAUGGACCUACUGGCCAGCCCGCGGCUGCCUGGCCUGUUGCCGCCACUGCUACAAUUGCAGCCGGCUGCGUAAGGGCUGCCACUGCCAACAAAAUGGCAGUAGACAUCCCAAGAAAAGUUCAGUGCUUUCAGGAGGAGGUGAUGGAGGAGGAAGUGGUGGAGGGAUUGUCGGAGGAGGAGGAGGAAGUUUAGGAGGGAGUGCCAGUGUGGGAGUUGGUGUUGGGGGAGGGGGGAGUACUGGAGGAGGCAACUCCAAACAUUCACAAACUCGAAGGCUUCUCAUCGAGUCUGACAGUUCGAGUGCUUAAGUGAUAUUUUGAUCAGUUCAUAGGUUCUGAUUCUAUGAGAAUCUCGGGGUUGUUAUCAUUACUAUAACGCAUAUGUUGUUUGUUGUUUUUAAAAAAAAUGUUAUUAGUGGCCUGUUGUGUGUAUCUUCGGGUUUUUAAAAAAAGGGUUAAACGGGGUUCGUAUAUCAUGAUACGCUUGUCAGUCAUGUUUUUUCUUUUCUUAAUGUGCUGUCAGAAUUGUACAUCAUCUUGGCAUCAGGUCUUCAGAAUAUUCAUUUCAUAUUUCACUUCACUGAAUUUUUUACUCUAGAAAAUUAUAAUAUUGGUGCCAUCUCUCAUGUUCUGAAAGGUAUUUUUGUAAAAAAAAGGAA